AUGUCAAGGUCGAUGACACCUGCGCUACCUCUGCAUAAUGUGCACACAGAGUCUCCGCGUCCCCCAGUCACCAACCCUCUAGGUGCGCGACAAGAUGCACCUUCUUCGACAUCAACCGCUACAUACUCAUGGCUCGAGCCUCAUGAAACCGCCGAGCGCCUACAAACCUCCUUGCACGAUGGACUAACCCCUGCCGAAGCCGAACUUCGCCUGGCACGCGAUGGACCCAACGAACUUCCCCACGAGGAGCCGGAACCCCUAUGGCUUCGGUUCCUCAAGCAGUUUAAGGAAAGCCUCAUUCUUCUCCUGCUCGCAUCGGCCGGAAUCUCUUUCAUCAUGGGCAACCUCGAUGAUGCCCUCAGCAUUACACUCGCAGUCACAAUCGUGGUGUCGGUCGGCUUCGUUCAGGAAUACCGGUCCGAGAAGUCGCUCGAGGCGCUGGGCCGUCUUGUUCCGCACUACGCCCACCUCAUUCGUCACCACCCGGGGACACAUGUACAUGUUGGGAUGGAGGGUGUCUCUCCGGCAGGGCCUGGGGAGGAGUUGGUGGAACUCCGGAGCAAGAGCCCAGCCACGGCAUCCUCUGCGAUGAAAGCGUCUACACUUGUCCCUGCAGUUCACCUUGUCCCUGGUGAUAUGGUUCUCUUCGCUACAGGUGACCGCAUCCCUGCCGAUAUUCGAAUCACCUCCGCAACCGACCUUUCGAUCGAUGAAUCAAACUUGACCGGCGAGAACGAACCGGUGGUGAAGUUUGCCGCAGCCCUUCGCAGUACACAUAGCGGAAAGCUCCAGGCCCUCAAUGUUACCAGCCCUCCUCGAUCCCCGUUCUAUGACGCCCCGGCUACUGGCGCCGUCGGUGCCGAUAUUCGUCUGAAUGAACAACACAACAUCGCUUUCAUGGGGACCCUGGUCCGUUCGGGCUAUGGUCAGGGUAUUGUCAUCUCAACCGGUGCCAAGACAGAGUUCGGAGCUAUUUCAGCUUCUUUGCAGGAGAUUGAGAGUCCCCGGACUCCGUUGCAGUUGACCAUGGACCGGCUUGGUCAAGAACUGAGUUGGGUCUCGUUCGGUGUCAUUGGUUUGAUCAUGUUCAUUGGUCUCUUGCAAGGUCGUAAGCUCCUGGAAAUGUUUACUAUUAGUGUUUCCCUAGCCGUUGCAGCCAUUCCAGAAGGCUUGCCUAUCAUCGUGACUGUCACUCUCGCUCUUGGAGUUCUGAGGAUGGCCAAGAGGGGAGCGAUCAUGCGAAGACUUCCCAGCGUCGAGACGCUCGGCUCUGUCAACGUUGUCUGCAGUGACAAGACUGGAACACUUACGCUCAACCAUAUGACGAUCACCAAGAUGUGGCAUUUUGAUAGUACCGAGCCUUUUGAGGUUCAGCGGGAUAUGGCCUCUGUGCUCUCGCCCGGGCCAGCUGCUCGCACGAUUCUUCGAGUCGGAAAUAUUGCAAACAAUUCUCGACUCUCCCGCAUGCAUGCUAACUCGCCGGCCACUGCAUCCUCCGCUGCGGUACUCUCCUCAACCGUUGAUAGAAACUCGAACGCUGUGAAGAGCCGUUGGGUCGGCCAGCCUACCGAUGUUGCCAUCUUGGAUCUUCUUGAUACUUUGGGUGAGGACGAUGUCCGUGAUCGAAUCAGAGCUCGUGUUUCUGAGACUCCGUUCAGCUCUGAGCGGAAAUGGAUGGGCGUGAUCAUUGGUAGCGGCAGCCCUAGUGAGUCAGAAGUUGCCUAUAUCAAGGGCGCUCUUGAACAGGUUCUCGCUCGUUCUGAUACUUAUCUGACCAAGGAUGGUCGGGAGGUCAUCUUGGACGAGCCCCGGCGCCAGAUCAUCCGGAAUGCUGCUGAGCAAAUGGCAAGCGAAGGCUUGCGAGUCCUCGCCUUUGCGAGCGGUGCAGUCCGAGACUCAUCGAGAGGUAUGCGGAGAUUCGGCAGUCGCUCUGGAACCCCCACGUCCAGUUCCAGCAGCCCUUCCAAUGAUGAUGAUCGUUAUAAUGGACUGGUCUUCGCCGGACUAGUGGGCAUGAACGACCCGCCACGUAGGGAUGUGCACAAAUCUAUUCGUCGUCUGAUGUCUGGCGGAGUUCGGGUCAUCAUGAUCACUGGUGAUGCUGAGACAACCGCCGUGGCUAUUGCGAAGAAGUUGGGAAUGCCAGUCAUCGAGGCGCCGGGUUCGCGAUCGGUCAUCCGCGGCGAUGAACUUGACCACAUGAGCACUGCUGAGCUAUCCCAAGCAAUUGCAACUACCUCGAUUUUCGCUCGCACGAGUCCGGACCACAAGCUGAAGAUUGUUCGGGCCCUUCAGUCCCGCGGAGAUGUCGUGGCUAUGACCGGUGAUGGUGUCAAUGAUGCACCGGCUUUGAAAAAGGCCGACAUUGGUAUUUCGAUGGGCAAGUUGGGCACCGAUGUUGCCAAGGAGGCAGCGGAUAUGAUUCUGACAGACGACGACUUCUCGACUAUCCUGCGGGCAAUCGAGCAAGGCAAGGGAAUCUUCUACAAUAUCCAAAACUUCGUUACGUUCCAGCUUAGUACCAGUGUGGCCGCGCUCAGUCUUGUGCUAGUCAGCACCACGCUCGGCUUCGAGAAUCCGCUGAAUGCCAUGCAGAUUCUGUGGAUCAACAUUCUCAUGGACGGCCCGCCCGCCCAAUCUCUCGGCGUCGAGCCCGUCGACCCCUCCAUCAUGAACCGACCCCCGCGUCCCAGGGCAGCACGAGUCCUAACAAAAGCCCUCAUCCAACGAGUCCUCAUCUCCGCAUUGGUCAUCAUGCUCGGCACGCUAGCAGUCUACAUCCACGAGAUGGGCGACGUCGACGACGGCACCACCCUAGGCAAACGAACCCGCGUCGUCACCGCCCACGACACAACCAUGACAUUCACCUGUUUCGUCCUCUUUGACAUGUUCAACGCCCUGACCUGCCGCAGCGAGGGCAAAUCUGUCCUGCGCGGCGAGAUCUCCUUGUUCGGUAACAAAAUGUUCAACUACUGUGUCCUUGGCUCCUUGGCUGGCCAGGCCUGUGUCAUCUACCUGCCUUUCCUGCAGCGUGUCUUCCAGACCGAGUCUCUGAGCUUCGGCUCGCUGUUCAGGCUCUUCUUACUUGCCAGCUCUGUGUUCUGGGUUGACGAGGGCCGCAAGUACCUCAAUGCUCUUCAACGUCGGCGCGGUCUGGGUCCUGGGUAUAGUGCUAACGUCUGA